CAGGCGACCACUCCGCCGGCAAAUCGACCCCAAGGCACACGCGCGCCCAUCGCUCGCUACGCGCAGCAACGCCGGCCCCUAGCGGCCAGGAGCCCUCCUUGGCGCUUCUAACACCCUAGUACUCAACACUCCACCUGUGGGGGCAAAGCGCCACGGACGCCGGCGUUCGCAGACAGGGCUCGCCGGAUAAAAGGGCACAGGAGACCAUCACAAAAAGGGAAUGGACCAAAGUCCACCAUGCUUCUUCACUGCAGAGAUGGAAAUCGUGCCCGAGGGGAAAAACUUUCGAUUGGUAACAGAAGACGAGCUCCCAGCAGUGGCCGAUAUCUUAGUGCAGUAUAUGCCUGAAUCUUUAAAGUUCCAUCAAACGAUUCAAACAUAUCGAAACAACAAAGUGUGGGACUUCCAUUUUUAUGUAGCAAAAAAUUGGCCGGAGGAUCCAAUUUGUCUGCAUUUCCCUGGCUGUACUAGUACUCCCAACAGCCACCCAUACGAGAGUGUGACGGUGUUUUGCCCGUCCGAGCGCGCUGAAUUGGUAGAUCUGCUCACAUCCGAGGACGUGCUGCUAGAUCUCACCAAGCCAUUGUACCUGAACUUCACUCACGAGGCCAUAGUAAACCGCUUCGAGAAGCGCUAUGAAGCCCAUGACAAGAUCACUGGUGAUGUCUACGUCUGUGAUAGCCCACCGGAGGAUGCCGAUACUGAUGGGCUGCCAUCGGACGUGGAGCUAGUUCGUCUGCAGCCGGAAAACAUGAAAGCCGUACAUGAUCUAUACCCGGCGAGCGAUAUUGAAUGCCGUGAAGUCUUCGAGAAGCUAGUUGCUGAACUGCCUGCCUAUGGAAUCUUCGUCGAGGGACAGCUGGCCGCGUGGAUGGUCCAAUCCUACUACGGAGCAAUGUUUUCAAUGCAAACUCGUCCCGAAUUUCGUAGGAAAGGAUACGGCAUUUAUUUGGCCAAGCGUCUAACAAAGGAGGUGGCUGCUCGCGGGUACAAGCCAUUCGUCGUGAUUCGUCCGGAAAACGAUGCGUCCCGUUCUCUCUACUCCAAGCUUGGCUUCGAGAAACGUUUCCGAACGGUGCGCGCCGUUUUGCGACCUCGCUAGCGAGUAAAAAGUUGAUCACUAGCAGAUUUUAUUUUUUUAAGACUUUUGAAAAAUCAAUCUAGCUUGCGAUCUUUGAUCGCUUAGUGAAUUUUAGUAGUAGCUUUAAGAUUGUCGCGGCUAGCGCUCUCGAUCUGCGCGACUCGAACUAAUAUUCCGACCGUGAUUUUCCAAUUCCUAUUCAAAACUAGAGCCUCUGCGUAAUAUUUCUGCCAUUAGCCUUUUUAUAAAUAUAUACUCUACAUUGUGUGUUUUUGAUCUACGAAGACAUCGACAACGAAUGUAGAAUACUUCUCAAUUUUUGGUAUAUAAAUUAAUAUCUAUCAUCUUUAUAAUGCUUCGCAGCAGAUUCGAGAGCCGUAGCCGUAUGCUGCGUUCUCUGGCGCUAGCCUAGUCACUGAUCUCAAUGAUUCUAACUUGUCUAGAAUCACUCGGAACCUGAACUUGUUAAGUUCAGAUAUUUACCAAAGAAUUAUGAUAAUAAGGCGAAGAAAUGAAUGGGCACUAUGUAUGUAACCUGGUUGCGCAAGUUUCCUAUUGAAUAUAGCGUUCUAAGUGCCAAGCUGUAAAUUGAUCUAGUGCAAACCUUUAAAAGAAAUCAUAAAAAUAUUGCACAGAAAUAUAUGCGCAACCAUAAACACGUUCCUUAACGAGGUUCUAUUGCUUCUCGACACAGUUAGCCCCUCAUUUAGGCGAACGCUUAUCAUUUCCACUCGUUGAUCGAGCGGAAACUAUUCUGUCUCAUGGUUUAAAAAAUUUUGGGACCCGUUAUGAUCUGUGUGAUAAAAUGUUAGCGUAUAUUCGAAGUAAGGACGUUGGAAACGUAAGGAGAGACAUGAGAAAGAAUGUUCCCGUAAUUGCACCACAGAUUGCACAAUUCGACAAAUUAAACUUCAAGCACCAAAUUUAAAUUGAUUAUCCAUUUUAAAUAAAAAAAUGUUUAUUCCAAGUUACUAUCUCUACAUUGAGUUAAUGAUUUAUCCCUUCUCCAUUCAAUACAGAUAUUAUACGUCGAAGAUAAUAAUGAAAGAAAUUACAUGAGAAAAAAAUUUAAAACGUAGUGAAAUACGGACUGAAAAACUUCUUUUUUCUUAAUUGUUAAGUACUCCCUUUUCCUAACAAAUUUUAAUAAUGCCUAGAUAUCAGAAAUCCUCUUUUUUAAAGAACAUAAUGCAUUGUUGAAUAUUUGAAAAAUCAUCUAAAGUUUGAUACGAAAAGUAGUUAGGUAGGAAUUUUAAUACGGGAAUAUAUUUUACAACUACAUACCUAUAUCAAGUAUGUAGCUAUACUAUAUAGGGCGUUUGCUAUACGUAUUAUAACCGAGGAAACUUAGAAAGUUAAUCAUCGAUUUUAAUUAUAUCUAAUGGAGAUUCUAUUGUGUGAUACUAUAUAUUGCUUUGCGUUUAAUGACAGUAGGUAUAGUACGUUGGUUUACUCAAUUCAUAGACUUUACUGUCUUCCGAAAGACUGGCAUGUAGAAGCAAUUUGGAGAAAAAAAAUAUCCAAAUUAGGAUAUUAUUUUUUAAACAACAAAAUUGUAGCUACCCUAAGAAAAUGAAUUUUAAUUAAUUUAUUUAAACAUGGGUACUAACACAUAAUUUGUAUUAGAAACACAAUUGGCAUAAUAUUAAGACGGCAUAAAUAUUGCUCAAUGCAAGGAGCUUCCAUCUUAAAAUCAUAAUGGGAAAGGCCAAAUUAAAGCCUAUAAUUAUUAAUUUAGCUACUGUAUUUGUUUAUAAAUUGUGCUUGUCUCAAAAUUUUUAUGAUUCGGAAAACUGUUUUGGAAUAUCCGUAUCUAUACGUUUAAGAAUUGUUUAAUUAUUAUAUUAAAAUGCAUACGUCUAAC